CGUUUGUGAUUUCUCAAUACUAACUAUAACGCACCUACUUCUCGGAUAACAUGGCUUCCUCGAGCGAACCGUCUUGCUCACGUGGAUUGAACAGCUACCCAGACCCGUGGUGUGCAGUGUAUUCAAACGUGGCGACCGAUCCUUCUGGUAUGAAGGAUAUAAACCACCACUCCAAAAACGAAGCCAAUCCCAAGAAUGAAGUCAUCCCUACCCCCAACCGUAUUACCGAAUUCUUCUGCCAAGCGGAUGGAACCUGUAGAAUGCCUACUGUGAAACCGCUUGGACCCGACCCGUCGAUUUGGCCUUCAACACCACCACCCCCAGACCAGUGGUCAUCUUCCAACACAAAAUGCUCAAUAGCAUGGCCUGACCUUUCAACCUUUCUACCCGUGCCACAAGGCCCCAUUGAACCACCAACUUCUAAAUAUCGACUGAAAACCCGAGAACAAGAAGAACCGUGCGAGAAACUCGGCAGCGCCGUGUUACUAGAAGGCAGUAUACCCUACUUUGGCACCGGAUGCGGAGAAUACGGUCGCAAAAUUGAUACCAAUGCCAUAUGUCGCUUCUUUGACAAAAACCGCAUGAGGAGACAACAAUGUGCAAAAGAAGACACACCACUAAUUUUCUCUUCCGUCUUACCACCGUCCACUCGGCAAGCCGCCGCUCCAUCCCGCCAGCCCGAUUCACCACUCAUGGUCUGUGCAUAUCCUGCACCACCACAACCUGUGACACCAUCCGCUUCAAGAUACGAAACCUACAGCCACGCACUCGCUAGCCGCCCCUCCUAAAUCACAACUCUGCCAUUCCUUCCGCGCCACCCCCUGAUGCAUGAAUUUCCCGCGCUGCAUAGAGGUCCCGACCGGAUGGUUGUAACGACGAGAGAUGAGCAAAGGGAAGAAAAGACACUCUUUUCGUCAACGACCAUUGUGGCUUGUCUGAGCAAUAUUCGCGGCGCGAAAA